AUGGCGCAGCCCCUUCGCCCGCCGCGCCCCCGCCCAGCGCGCACGCGCCACCACCGAGGCGCGGCGGGGGCGGGCAGAGGGACCGGGUGGAGCCGGAAGCGCCGGCGCGACUCUCCUGCCUCACUGACACCGCCCGCGGCGCCGAAGGGGGAGACUCUAUGGUCUCGGAGGGCCCCGCCCCGCCCGGCUCGGCCCGGCUCGGCGGUGCUGCCCCCUGCCGGGGCGCGCCGGGGCGGGCGGACGCGCUGCCCGCCGCCUUUCCCGGCCUCGCGGUUUUCAGCGAUUCUGCACCGGGGCCCUCCCCCCCGGCCCCGCUGCGCGCACGCGCACCUCCCGCACCCCAGCGCCGCCCCCUCCGCCCGGGCCGCGGCCUCCCGAACACCGGGCCCGACGGCACCGGGCGCCCCGGCCCGCAGCAGCCCGAGGGAGCCGCGUCUCCCAGCCCCGACGGCUGCCAUGGACGAGGCGCCGCAGCCCCCGCGGCCCGGGGUCGGCGUGGGGGUGGUGAUCACCAGCCCCGCGCACCCCAACUGCGUCCUCCUGGGCAAGAGGAAGGGCGCGGUGGGGGCCGGCACCUACCAGCUCCCCGGAGGACACCUGGAGUUCGGGGAGAGCCUGGCGCAGUGCGCGGCGCGGGAGGCGCUGGAGGAGGCGGCGCUGCCGCUGCGCAACCUGCGCUUCGCCUCCGCCGUCAACGCGGUCUGCGCGGCCGCGCAGUACCACGGCGUGACGCUGCUGAUGAAGGGCGAGGCCGCGCCGGGGGCGGAGCCGCGGAACCGCGAGCCCGCGAAGAACGAGGGUUGGGAGUGGGUUAAGUGGGAUGAAUUUCCUCCAGCAGACCAACUCUUCUGGGCCUUGCGCUGUUUGAGAGAGCAGGGUUACAAUCCCUUUACAGAAGAGCUCGAUCAUCUGAAGGGGUACACGGGGAGUCACCAACUAGGAUAAAAAAUAACUGUACAUGCACAUGACGAACUAAAGGACAGAGCUGCUUUUCUGGUGCAAAAGACAAAAGGAUGUAUUGUGCUCACACAGCCCGUGUGAAAAUACUACCCUUCCCAAAGGCAAAAAGAUAUUUCCGUGCAUGCACCAUAUUUUACACAACAGUUGCCUCAUUCCAGAGCUAUUUCUACCUGUAGUGGUUAACAAUUAAUAUCUUCUUUUACAAGAAACAUUACAGUGUUUUAUCUGGUUAAUCAUUAUCCAGAUAAAGAGCCCUUUGGAAGUUUACUUUACAAACAUACUCACUUGGAAACAGUUGCAGCAGGAGGCCCAAGAGAAACAGAUUUGUUUAAACCAGGGUCCUGCUUUCAAUGUAAAAUUACUUUGUAUAUCAUGUUGCCUUCUUGUCAAUAUAAAAUUUUUAAACUUAGCUUUGUCUGGUAGCUUCAGUAAAGAUACUGUCACAAGCAAAAUUCAGGUUUUCCAGACAAUGCCCUGUUCUCCUGCAUACAGUAAUAUAUACUUGAAAACUGGGCAAUUGUAAACAUGAAAGGGCUGUGGUGGCUAAUUGUAAGGAAUUAAAAUUCCCUGACCUUUCUUGUCAUCCCCCCUCAUUACAGAGUUCUGUUUGCAGCCUUGGUUACAUUAGAAUUGAUCUGUAGAUGAACUUCUCUGCAGUCAAUCACACAUUUUGGCUAAUUGGCUCAUUUUAAUUUUUUUUCUCUUUAAGGUUCUUUUAAACCAGUGUUCACCUGUUUCCUUUAGUUAUCCCCAUUGUAAAAAAUAUUAUGAAAUACCUUUAUGUUAAAUAAAGCAUAAUCAAAAUAGUGAAAUAUUAAAAUUAUCUGAAAUUAUGAAUUUACUUGUCAGUGUUUAAAAUAAAUGCCCUCAAAGGGUUUAAAGCUCUUCUUUACUUUGCACAUAUGUUUUCCUAAAUAUAAGUGGCUCUUUUUGGUGAGAAGCAGAGUGAUACGAGGUGUAAGGAUGCAACUGACAAUCCCAAGCCUUCUGCUUAGAAUUUGAAGUAUCAAGUACGUGCAACUUCCCUUAGGACAGAUAUUCUUUCUCUGAAGUGAAGAUAACGUUAUAAAGCAAUUUUCAAAUGGGAAAUAUCACUGAAAACUCCUUUACUACUGUACCCUUGUAGAAAGCUUGUUUUUUUCUAUUAAAAAGUGGAGAUUUUCUUCCUGAAAGCAACUUUAUGUACACUGAAAAUUAUUCCAUUCAGCUGUCAUUAAAGAGGCUGUAGGAAGAGCUGACAGAUGUCCUGCCCAUCUGUCCCAAAUAAUGAAAAGUAAAAUGAUUAAAAUUAUUUAGUGCAAUUUUAAAUUUUAGAAGGCAUCUACCUCCUGUUGGGAAAACAGGGGUCAGUGUAAAAUAGUUUGUCAUGUAAUAAAUAUUUUGUUACCAUUCA